UUAAGAACCCUGAGAAGUAGAGCCAGUCUGCGCUUCGGAUCCCCGCCGGGCCACCGUAAGCCGCAGCGGGGCGGCUCCGCUUUCCCUGCCCGCCCUGCCAACCCCUCUGACCUUCCCCGGCGGGCGGGCGAGCGGGCGGCAGGCAUGGCUCUGCGGAGGACGCUCGGCUGCGCGGUCCGCCGCUACUCGCAAGGAGCGACCAAGGAAUGGCUGACAGAGGACUUCCUUGAUUCUCUGAGAGCGGUGGUGGGGAGCGCCAAUGUGUCCACGGCUGCGGCUGUUCUUGAGCAACAUGGCCAUGACGAAUCCAUACACAGGUGCUGCCCGCCGGAUGCUGUGGUCUGGCCCCAGAAUGUGGAGCAGGUCAGUUUGCUGGCUACGGCAUGCUACAGCCGUGGUGCUCCCAUCAUUCCCUUUGGCACGGGCACAGGCCUGGAAGGUGGUGUGAGUGCUGUGAAGGGUGGCGUGUGCUUGAACUUGACCCAAAUGGACCAGAUCUCUGAGCUGAACACGGAGGACUUCACCGUGGCUGUAGAGCCAGGGGUGACCCGGAAGGCACUGAACAGCUUCCUGAGAGGCAGCGGACUCUGGUUUCCUGUAGACCCUGGGGCUGAUGCUUCUCUCUGCGGCAUGGCAGCCACAGGCGCCUCGGGCACAAAUGCUGUGCGCUAUGGCACCAUGCGCCAAAACGUGCUCAACCUGCAAGUGGUGCUGCCCGACGGGAGAGUGCUUCACACGGCUGGCCAGAACCGGAGGCCCAGGAAAAGUGCUGCUGGCUACCACCUAACGGGGCUCUUUGUAGGCUCAGAAGGGACACUAGGGCUCAUCACCCAGGCCACGCUGCGCCUGCACGGCAUCCCUGAGGCCACUGUGGCGGCUGUCUGUGCCUUUCCUAGUGUGCAAGCUGCGGUGGACAGCACUGUGCAGGUUCUUCAAGCUGGGAUCCCCAUUGCCCGCAUUGAGUUCCUGGAUGAUGUUCAGAUGGGUGCCUGUAACUGCUACAGCGGCCUGAGUUAUGCAGAGCUGCCCACCCUCUUCCUGGAGUUCCACGGCACUGAAAAUGGUGUGGAUGAGCAGGUGCAAGCAACAGGGGAGAUUGUGCAGUCGAACGGUGGCUCAGACUUCAUGUGGGCACGGGAACAGGAAGCUUGCAAUCAGCUGUGGGCAGCACGGCACAACGCCUUCUAUGCUGCCCUGGCCCUCCGCCCUGGCUGGAAGGCCUACUCAACUGACGUCUGUGUUCCAAUCUCCCGCCUCCCUGCAAUCCUGGUGGAAACGAAGACAGACUUACUGGAGUCGAAGAUCACAGGUCCCAUUGUUGGCCAUGUGGGUGAUGGGAACUUCCACUGUCUCUUGCUUUUUGAUCCAGAAGAUGCUGAAGAGAGCCAGAGAGUGGUGGACUUUGCCAAACGACUGGCCAGAAUGAUCAUCAUUUGGCUCCAGAAUCGUACUCAAAGAGUGCUGAUCAAUGGUUCCUUCUCAAACUGGGCGGAAGUAACGAGUGGGGUACCACAGGGCUCGGUCCUGGGCCCAGUGCUCUUCAACAUUUUUAUUGACGACUUGGAUGAGGAGGUCUAAUCACCACUGACGGCCUCCGAAAGAGGAGUGGAUACCAUCAAUUGCUUCAAUGAACACUCAAAUGCCUGGAAAAUGUCUUUGCCUUCUUGCAAAAAGAUGUAAUUGUUGGUGCCAGGGCUGUGGAGUUGGUACGCCAAACCUUCGACUCCGACUCUAUUUUUCUACUGUCUGACUCCGACUCCACCCAAAAUUGCUUCAGACUCCACAAUUCCAACUCCGACUCCACAGCCCUGGAAAGCACUGUAAGUGUAAUUUUAAAUUGGAAGCUCUCAUAGGAGCAUUUUUAUCGCUGCCUGAAUAUGCGCUGAUCUUGGCAUCAUAGCAUUUGUCUUCAUCUGGGUCCUGUGUCAUACACUGACACACAAAAUGUUUUCCAUCUUGAGUUAUGGUGAAAUGCUCAACUACAGCUGACUUCAUGGGAAGCUUCUCUGACAUUGUGAAUUUAUAUUUUAAAAUUUUGUCAAUCAAAAUUUAUUUUGAAGCCAGAGUCGGAACAUUUGUACCGACUCUGACUCCACCCAAAAUUGCUUCCGACUCCACAACUCCGACUCCACAGCCCUGGUUGGUGCCAGGCAAGCCUCCCUCGGAGAACAUUCCACGGACCGCACUACUGAAAAGGCCUCUUCCCUCCUUACCACCCUCUGGACAACUUAUUACAUAAUGAAGUAGCACUGUCUGGAAAUUGGAUUGAUGCAGUUCAGAUAUCAUGCCAAACCACAGCGAAGGAAGCCCAAGUAUAGCUUAGUGCGAUGUCUGAAUUGACACACCAAGGAAUGAAUGGCCUGGCAAAUUGGAAUAAAAACCACAGUCUGAAAUGGUGGGGGGUAUGCAAGUCAUAGGAUGGCAUGCAAUGUUAGUUCUACUCUGAGUAGAUCCAACUGAAAUUAAUGAAUGUGGCUAACUUAGGUCCAUUGCUUUACUCUGACAGUAGAACUUAGUUGAAUACAACCCACAGUUUUACCUGCAUUAGUUACAGCUGUCACUCUGCUUCUCCCACUAGAUAAACAGGCAAAGGAUCCAGACCAUUGCCACAAAUUUGGCAAAAAUUACUGUCUUAAAACAUUAAGCAAUAGCUUUUGAUUUUCUUUUUAUAUGCAGAGUUUGCAUACUAAAAAAACCCAAAAUGUCUUCUGCAUUAAGGAUAUCAGACACACCUUUUCUGCCACUGCGUGAGUUAAGUGUGCAUAAACCUCCUAAUGUAAUUCUUUAGUGGGCUGGAAGCCAGUGAACUGACUCAGUGUACAGCCCUGACAAACAGUGCAAUAUCCUCUAUAGCACCCUUCGAACACGGGCCAAAAAGGUUGCUAGGCUGAUCACGGGAGGCCCCGGAGGAAACCAGCUCAAGAAGGAAGCCAGCAUCCCACUUGCCUAACGCCUGAAGGCAAUUGUGUGAAAACCCUCCUUUGGUUCACAGCUCCAAAAACAGGCCACACAGGUGAUGGUGACUCUGCAUGGGGAGGGGGUGCGCUGGAGGAGUUGCUAAGCACGGGGGCUAUUUUCACAGAUCCCCUUCCACUCCCCUAUGCUGCUGCCUGACCUGACACAACCCUGUGUAUGAGCAUGUUGGGUGCCAGCCAAAAGCGCGGGGGAGAGAAGGCAGGGGAUCCUCAUAGUGGGGAAGGAGGCAGGCACCGCCAUUUGAAUUCCAUCUUCCAGUACCUCUGCACGAGGUGCAUCAUCUCUGGCUGUGCUCUGUUUGGCAGGCAGAGGAAUUUCUGGGGAGAGGUGGAACUGCCUUUGUGAUCGCAGGCUACAGAAGGCCCAGCUGUAAUGCAGAACGGCCGGCUGUCUGGCCCCUCCUCCUGACCUGAUUUCCAUCUCACAGCCUCAGGAGCUGCCUGGCGCCAUCUCUGCCAGCACAGCCUGGGCGGAUUCCAUGCCACAUCAGGGAUGCUCUGGGACUAAUGCAGCCUGGCACCGACAGCUGAAGCAGGUGCCAGUUAAGCCAUUGGGCCCCUUGUUGCUGGGCAGGCCCACUCACUCCUGGGGAGGGGGGGAGUGCAGAGAAAGCAGUCAGCCUUUUGCCAGGCUCGCUCCAGCUCAGCAACUGCAACAGCACAGAGGCAAAGCCAGCACUGUCCUCCGGGUGACAAGCAGAAGGCAGGUGGCCACUGGCUCUGGGCAGGAGGCUAAAGAAAUCACAUGUAUGUGGCUCUUUGUCUAUACCAACCAUGCACAUCCACCCCACCCCCAGUGCUAGACUCUGGUUGCAUGUGGCAGGCAGUAGGUGUUUUCUCCCUCCAAUGAGCUCACAAUCCACACCAUCUAAGAAUAGAAUCUGGCAUCUGAUGCAGGAAAGUCUUCUGCUGAAAAAUGAAGUGCUCCUGGUCCUUAUGGCUGCAGAGGUAAUUCAGAAGUAUUUAAGCAGGCGUGGGGAAAUCCCUGAAGCUCCAUUUGCCUCCAUUUGUGUAAGCAUAUUGCAUAAAACUGGCUUAGUAAAUUGAUUUUUUAUUUC